GACUGGGCAGCGCGCGCGGGCGGGGACGCGCCAGGAGCCUCGGGCCGGCGGCCGGGAAGCACCGAGGCCGCGGCCCGCGCCGCCCGGGACCGGAAGAUGCGCCCCAGGAGCCCCCCGCCCCCGCUGCUGCUGCUGCUGCUGCUGCUGGUCCCCCGGCCCGGGCAGGGCUGCCCCUCCGGCUGCCAGUGCACCCAGCCGCGGGCCGUCCUCUGCACCGCCCGCCAGGGAGCCACGGUGCCCGCCGACGUGCCCCCCGACACGGCAGACCUGUACGUGUUCAAGAACGGCAUCACCACGCUGCACGAGGGCAGCUUCGCGGGCCUGCCGGGCCUGCAGCUCCUGGACCUGUCUCAGAACCAGAUCGCCAGCCUCCCGGGCGGCGUCUUCCAGCCGCUUGCCGGCCUCAGCAACCUGGACCUCACGGCCAACCGGCUGCGCGAGAUCACCAACGACACCUUCCGCGGCCUGCGGCGCCUGGAGCGCCUCUACCUGGGCCGGAACCGCCUGCGCCACAUCCAGCCCGGCGCCUUCCAGGGGCUCAGCCGCCUCCUGGAGCUCAAGCUGUCGGACAACGAGCUGCGCACGCUGCCCCCGCUGGCCCUGCCCCGCCUGCUGCUGCUGGACCUCAGCCGCAACCCCCUGGCCGCGCUGGAGCCCGGCGCCCUGGACACGGCCGGCGUGGAGGCACUGGGGCUGGCCGGCCUGGGGCUGCGGGACCUGGACGAGGGGCUCCUGGGCCGCCUGCGGAACCUGCACGACCUGGACGUGGGCGACAACCAGCUGGAGCGCGUGCCCCCCGCCGUGCGCGGUCUGCGGGGCCUGACCCGCCUGCGGCUGGCCGGCAACGCCCGCAUCGCCCAGCUGCGGCCCGAGGACCUGGCGGGCCUGGCCAGCCUGCAGGAGCUGGACCUCAGCGGCCUGAGCCUGCGGGCGCUGCCCCCCGAGCUGGCGGGCCUGUUGCCCAGCCUGCGGCUUCUGGCGGCUGCCCGAAACCCCUUCAACUGCGUGUGCCCCCUGAGCUGGUUCGGGCCCUGGGUGCGGGACAGCCGCGUGGCCCUGGCCAGCCCCGAGGAGACGCGCUGCCACUUCCCGCCCAAGAACGCGGGCCAGCUGCUCCUGGACCUGAGCUACGCUGACUUCGGCUGCCCGGCGACCACCACCACCGCGGCGGUGCCCACCAGCGGGCCCACGGGGGGGCCGCCCACCCUUCCGGCCCCCGCCAGCCCGGCGCCCAGCCCCCUGGGGCCCUCGGAGCCACCGGCCCGUGCGCCCAGCCUACCCCCGGCCACCCUCCCCUCCGCGGGGCCGGCCCCGCCGUCCCAAACCUGCCCUGAGCCCGCCUGUCUCCAUGGGGGCACCUGCCUCCCGGGCCGCGUCCCCACCUGCCUGUGCCCCGAGGGCUUCACUGGCCCGUCCUGCGAGAGCCCCGUGGGGCCCAGCCCGGCCCCCGCCACGGCCCGGCCUCCCCGGCCCCUGCCGCUGGGCGUCGAGCCGGCCAGCCCCAGCUCCCUGCGUGUGGCCCUGCGCCGCGCCCUGCGGGGCCCCGGGCAGCCCCGCGGCCUGCGCCUCACCUACCGCAGCCUGUCGGGGCCCGACAAGCGGCCUGUGACGCUGCGGCUGCCCGCCUCGCUGGCGGAGUACACGGUCACCCAGCUGCGGCCCAACACCACCUACGCCAUCUGCGUGCAGCCCCUGGGGGCGGGGCAGCUGCCCGAGGGUGAGGAGGCCUGCGGGGAGGCCCGCACCCCGCCGGCCACGCGCCCCAACCACGCCCCGGUCACCCAGGCCCGCCAGGACAACCUGCCCCUGCUCAUCGCCCCGGCACUGGCCGCCGUGCUGCUGGCCGCGCUGGCCGCCGUGGGGGCCGCCUACUGCGUGCGGCGGGGGCGCGUGGCGGCCGCGGCCCAGAGCAAGGGGCAGGGGGUGCCCGGCACGGGGCCUCUGGAGCUGGAGGGGGUGAAGGCCCCUCUGGAGCCGGGCCCCAAGGCCGCGGAGGGCAGGGGGGACGCCCUGGCUGGCGGGCCCGAGUGUGAGGUGCCGCUCAUGGGUUACCCCGGGCUCAGCCCCCAGGGGCCCCUGCCCGCAAAACCCUACAUCUAGGCUGGGCCGGGCCACCCAGCAGAGCCGUGUGACCGUGGCGAGUUUCAGGACCUCCUGGCCGAGGAGGCGGGCACAGGCCGUGACCACCGAGGCCCCGCGCCGGCAGUGUGGGGGCAGCGAGUGCUGGUCACAGGCCUGGGGCAGGGAGCCAGGACCCCCCACCCCGGGAGACUCGGGCCAGUGAAGGAGCCCCCCCGGGGAGUGGGGACAUGGGAUGGGGACGGGCCACAGCCCCGGGGAGCAGCCCAGAGAAGAAACUGGAAGACGGACACUUAGGAACUUGUUUUGUUUUUGUAAAAUAUAUUUAUAAGAGAAAGCCUUUCUCGUUUGUUCCGGGAAGCACUUUCUGAACGCAGACAAGGACUUGUAUUUCCUCUUUUGUAAGACAGAUGAUGCUAUGAAGACCUUUCUUUUUGUAAGAAAACUAAUAAAAGAUGAGAUGCAG